AUGACCACAGCCAUGGACCCAAAUAACACUAUUCCGAUCGUGGAUUUUGCCCGGUGGGAGUCCGACGGCCCUAGUCGUCUGCUUAUCGCUCGGGACAUAGUUGACGCUUGCCAGAAGGUGGGGUUUGUCUAUAUCAUCAACCAUUCCCUGCCGGAGUCUCUUCUGAACGAGGCCUUCCACUGGUCCCAGCUCUUCUUUGAUCUACCUCAAGAUGAGAAGCUGAAAGCCCCUCAUCCAGAGGGGUGGGCAGUUCAUCGGGGUUAUUCUUGGCCAGGGCUAGAGAAAGUGUCAGGGCUGGAGGCAGCGAGUGCAGACGACGAUCAGGAGCGGGCGAGGGAGCUACGGGAGGUUCCCGAUAUCAAGGAAAGCUACGACAUCGGCAGCGAGAACAAUCCCGAACAGCCAAACCAAUGGAUACCUGAAGAAAGCCUUCCAGGAUUCCGCUCCUUCAUGGCACAAUUCUAUAAGGAAUGCUUUCGCAUGGGUGGAGAAAUCUUGCAAGCUCUAGCUAUCGGCCUCGAUCUCGACGAGGACCACCUGCUCAACAAGCACUCAGGCCUCAACAACCAGCUCCGUCUGCUCCACUACCCGCCCGUUCCAGCCUCAGCUCUAGAGAAUAAUCGUGCUGCUCGCUGCCCAGCGCAUACGGACUGGAGCUCGAUCACCCUGCUCUUCCAGGACGACUGCGGUGGCCUGGAGGUGGAAGACGUGCAUCGCUCGGGCACCUUUGUUCCUGCAACGCCCGUCAAGAAUGCCAUUGUGAUGAACAUAGGCGACCUCUUGCAGAGAUGGAGUAAUGGUUCGUGUGUCGUCCGGUCUAUCCUGCUAGGCUGUAUACUAAUAGAUGUAGAUCAUUUGAGAUCGACUAGCCAUCGAGUUACACUGCCGCCCUUGGAGGAUCGAUUUGAAGGACAAGAGAGAAUGACAAGGAGACGGUUCUCAAUUCCAUAUUUUCUGUCCCCGGAUUCUGACUCGGUGAUAGAAUGUAUCCCAUCCUGCAGGGGUGAGAAGGAGUCGGCCAAGUAUGAGCCGAUCACGCAGGCGAAUUAUAAUCGGAUGAGGGCUUCAAUGCAGUACUAA